AUGUUCCGCAAGAAGAAGAAGAAACGCCCUGAGAUCUCAGCCCCCCAGAACUUCCAGCACCGCGUCCACACUUCCUUUGACCCCAAAGAGGGCAAGUUCGUGGGCCUCCCCCCACAAUGGCAGAACAUCCUGGACACCCUGCGACGGCCCAAGCCUGUGGUGGACCCUUCGCGCAUCACCCGGGUGCAGCUGCAGCCCAUGAAGACAGUGGUACGGGGCAGCUCUGUGCCCGUGGACGGCUACAUCUCAGGGCUGCUCAAUGAUAUCCAGAAGUUAUCGGUCACCAGCUCCAACACCCUGCGUGGCCGCAGCCCCACCAGCCGACGGCGGGCACAGUCCCUGGGGCUGCUAGGGGAUGAGCACUGGGCUGCUGACCCCGACAUGUACCUCCAGAGCCCCCAGUCUGAGCGCACCGACCCUCACGGCCUCUACCUCAGCUGCAACGGGGUCACACCAGCAGGUCACAGGCAGAUACCAUGGCCUGAGCCACAGAGCCCACGGGUCCUGCCUAAUGGGCUGGCUGCCAAGGCACAGUCCCUGGGCCCUGUUGAGUUCCAGGGUGCCUCACAACGCUGCCUGCAGCUAGGUGCCUGCCUACAGAGCUCCCCACCUGGCGCCUCACCCCCAGUGGCCACAGGGAGGAGGCGUGGGACGAAGGCUACCAAGCAUGGCUCUGAGGAGACCCGGCCACAGUCCUGCCUGGUGGGCUCAGCCACUGGCAGGCCAGGUGGGGAAGGCAGCCCUAGCCCCAAGGAGAGCAGCCUCAAGCACAGGCUGUUCCGAAGCACGUUCCUGUCCACUCCUGCCACUGCCCCUCCAAACAGCAGCAAGCCAGGCCCUCCACCGCAGAGCAAG